AUGAGCUUGCCAAAAAGACUACUCAACUUCAAGAUCACAGGCCAAAUAGGCACAGGAAGCUAUGGUGAUGUUUUUUUGGCUGUAGAUAGCAUCACAGGCACUAAUGUUGCAAUCAAAAUAAUUAGGAAUACAUUAACAGGAAUAAAUCCAGAUAUCGAGUCACACAUACAAUCAAUGCUCAAUCACAAAAAUAUAUGCAGACUCUACGGGUGCUUCAGCAUAAAGAAUGCAUCUGCGCUGGUCAUUGAGCUUAUAAACGGCCUGGAUCUUCACAAGUUUAUUAGAGUAUAUGGAAGAUUUGAUGAGAGCCAUGCAAAACAUCUCUUCAUUCAAAUGGUGCAGGCUGUUGACUAUUUGCAUAGUCAUUCUAUCAUUCACAGAGACCUGAAAUUAGAGAAUGUCAUUGUUGCAGACGGGACAAUCAAGAUAUGUGACUUUGGUCUUUCAUCGUUCUACAGCACAGAAUCUUUGCUGAGUGACUUCUGUGGAACCCCGCAAUGUGCAGCGCCAGAAAUCAUAAAUGGUGUGCCAUAUAUUGGGCCUGAGGUCGACAUAUGGUGCCUGGGCGUGAUUCUUUAUGCAAUGGUUCAUGGAAGGUUGCCGUUUGAAGACUACGGCAACAAGGCCAUCAAUACACAUACCCUGAGUUCAAGACUGAGGAUCGAUGAAUCAUUGUCGUACAACCUUAAGGAUCUCAUAAAGCGAGCAAUACAACCAAAUAGAUCAUCGCGUAUAACCAUGCAUCAAAUGCUAGAUCAUCCGUGGUUAGGUAUUAAGAAGAAGAAGUAUAAGCGAGAUAUUGUUUUUAUUGAUAAAGGCAUUGUUGAGAAACUCUUUGUGAUUGGAAUUGACAAGGAUCAUACGUACAGAGCACUAAGCAACAGAGAGUCCAUAGAAACCUCAAUGUAUUGCUUACUAAAGCAAAAUCCCUUCGCAAUCGACAGAAAAGCUAUGGAAAGAAAUGCAAAUUGUCUAGGCAUCAUCAGAAUCGAUACAUCAUACGACUCAAACUCCAUGCAAGAGCAGAAGAUGCAUCGUGCAAGCAUUGAAAAAAACAAGAUUUUAUAUAGCAUGAUCUCACCAAGGCGAGGAUGUAUUCCAUUCAUAUGGAGCACAAGAAUGCAUGUUGUCGAAAGAGAUUUAAACAUUCCCAUCGACCAAUCUAAAAUAUUGAUUGAGCAGGUCUUGCAGAAAUACAAAGAAACUGUUAUCACAAAACAUUCAAAAUACACAAUCUGUCAUAGCGCAGGACUUAAAAUAUCCAUCGAGCUUACACAAUGCACGCCAUUCACCAAAUGCAGCUUUCAACUCAUUAAAGGCACAAAGAUCGAGUUUGUGGACUUCAUUAUCGACUUUAUUAGAGUUACGGAUCAUAUGUUUUGUUCUAUCAUGUAG